GUAUUUGAAGGAUGACGUAAACAUGAUACUUUUAUUUUAAAUAUUCGAACCUCACAAUUGAAUAACCAUUAUAAGACUUCGAUGCUUAAGUUAUCUUGAAAUCUAUGAAGUUAAUUGUAGCACAGACUUACUCACUGAUAAAAGAACGGAAACUUUUUUCUUAAAAUUAAUAUACGUCAUUUGUAAGCAUGGGAUAUUCUGAGUCAUCAGCGAAAUACGUGGGGCGUGUUUAUCGUAUCGUGGAAAGCGUUGUGGUUCCGUGCUUGUGUGUGGGAGGGUUAUAGGGAUUUAGAUAAUUUAUUCACCGUUAAUAAAUUCGGAAUGCUCAUCAAGGAAUACCGAGUUGUGCUGCCACUCACAGUGGAAGAGUACCAAGUUGGACAACUGUACUCAGUAGCACAAGCAAGCAAAAAUGAAACAGGUGGUGGUGAGGGCAUUGAGGUGUUGAAAAAUGAACCCUAUGACAAUGUGCCACUCCUGGGAGGAAAGUUCACAAAGGGUCAAUAUACGUACAAAAUCUACCACUUAGCUAGCAAAGUCCCCAGCUUCAUCCGGCUGCUGGCACCCAAGGGGUCCCUCGAGAUCCACGAAGAGGCAUGGAAUGCAUACCCCUACUGCAAAACUGUACUGACGAACCCGGGUUACAUGAAGGACAACUUUCACAUCACGAUUGAGACGUACCACUAUCCGGACGCCGGCCAAACACCAAACCUGCACGAGCUGCCUCCAGACCGUCUGAAGCAGCGCGAGGUGGUGAUGAUCGACAUUGCCAACGACCCGGUGCCCUCGUCCGACUACAAGACCGACGAGGACCCGACCAAGUUCCAGUCGGUCAAGACGGGACGCGGCCCGCUGGUGGGCAAUUGGCAGCAGCAGUUGAAGGAGCCUUAUAUGACCUGUUACAAACUAGUCACCGUCGAGUUUAAGUGGUUCGGCCUGCAGUCGCGGGUGGAGAAGUUCAUCAUGAACCAGUACCCUCGGUUAUUCACCAACUUCCACAGACAGGUGUUCUGCUGGCUGGACAAGUGGCACGGCAUGACGAUGGACGACAUCCGCGAACUGGAGGAUAAGACCAAGGCCGACCUGGACAAGCAACGGCGAGAGGGCCAGGUGCGCGGCAUGAAGGCGGAGGGCGACUAGCGGCGCGGCCGUGGCGCCGACUAGCGGCGGGCCCUGGUACCAGUGGUUCGCCGAGCGCCCGCCGACACCGGCCGGCCUGUCACGCGUGGGUGUUUAGGUAAUGGCCAUUGUACGGUGAAUUUAGUUGAUUUAUAUUCAAUCAGUCAGUAAAAUUUAGGAGGCUAGUGGGAGGAGCUGAGACAUGUGUGUGCUCUGCGUUGGUCGGCGGUCCGACCCAUCUCUGUGUACCCCCGGUCCGCGCCGGUCCGGCCGGCCGCCCCCUCCCCUCCCUCCGCCCGGCCGGCCGCCGCCCGCAGACAGACAGACAGGCCGACUAGUCCGGCAGCUGUGCCCGCUGAUCAGGCGCGCGCAGUGGUCGUGUGGGGCGGCGACCGCUGGGGGUGGGUGGGGGCGGCCGCGGCGGGCCGCACACGAAUCCACCGACCGACAGCGUGGCUUUUAUUGGCCCGGAACCUACGGCGAUGUAGAAUCGUUCCACACACUCGUAUCUCGAAUCUAUCUUCUCAGACUGCAAUGGCUGACGUUAUUCUACAAUUAAGUAGGAGUGGAGCCCUGAAUAUGCACCGCUCGUCAGGUACUGAACUCUGCGCGCGGGGCCAGCAGGCCGACCGUUCACCGAUCGUCGUUCGAACCAGCCUCCUCCCACCCAAUCCUCGCCACCGAAAAGGCUGAUCUGGGUAUCUAGUGUGAAUGUCGCUCCUCUCCCCAAGUACGAGCAGCCGUCACCCGCAUGUGGACGCGCACUGUUGUAACUGCCCUCCCCUCCGAGACGUUGACCGGUCCUCAUUUUAUGCGUGUGCUCAACGGAGAGAGAGAGUGGAUAAUAUUAUCACGUCUUACUUCACUCGCCUCGCAUCAGUGUCUGCUAGUGACCUGCCUCGGAGCGAAUCGGAGCCGCGAUGGAGUGCAUGGGCCCCAGACUGACUGCUAGCUCUAGCUCGUUUUGCCUCGCUGUCUCCGCUGCCGCCGCCGCCGCCGCUGUCAUUCGGGCGCCGCGGCGCGACUGUCGUUUGUUUCUCUGUCCCCCCGGUUCGUGUGUGCUGGUCCUGUUCUAUUUCUCGGUGCGCGGCGACUGUCUCCGAGGCGCGCCGGUCUCCGCCGCCGCCCGGAGCCGUCGCUCGGACUGUGCGCGGUCGCAGCCGUUUGUGUCGCUGUGUGCGCGCCGGGCCGCGUCCCUGCCAAAACUGCGCUAUGCUUGCCCCAUAAUCGGGGGCCCACGCGCAUGGGGCGUAUGCAUUCCAUUCUUUUGUUUUGUUUUGGCUGUAAAAAGUGUGAAUACAGGUAGGUCAGGUCAUA